UUACCUUUAGUUGUACUUUGUUUUUUUAAUAGUCAAGCGCAAAGGAGCUAUAGGGAGCGAGUAAUUUUAUUCUAGGCAUGGAGAACAUCUCAAAGAUCUGGCUGGGACCACUGCCUGCCGAUUCUCCCUAUGUGAAACCCUUUCGCAUGUACUAUGUGCAGAAUGGGGUGGAAAAGAACUGGGAUCUGUUGAAGGUGCACGACAGUGUGGCCAUUGUUCUCUACAACACAACGCGACAAAAACUGGUGCUGGUGCGUCAGUUCCGGCCUGCGGUUUAUCACGGCCACGUCACUUCCACAGAAAACGGCACAUUUGAUGUCGACCUGCAGUCCUAUCCGCCGGCAAUUGGAGUCACUUUGGAGCUAUGUGCUGGAAUUGUGGACAAAGCGAAGAGCUGGACAGAAAUAGCGCGGGAGGAAGUACUGGAGGAGUGCGGCUAUGAUGUGCCCGUGUCACGCAUUGAGGAGGUCAUGGUGUAUCGCUCUGGCGUGGGCUCCUCGGGCGCUAAACAGGCAAUGUAUUACUGUGAGGUGACCGAUGCGGAUAAGGUGAACAGCGGCGGCGGUGUCGAUGAUGAAAUCAUAGAAGUCGUGGAGCUUUCACUGGACGAGGUACGGGCUAUGGUGCGACAAGGAGCCGUUAACAACAGUCCGCCCAGUUGCCUGAUGGGCCUAAUGUGGUUUCUGGCAAAUAAGGCGCCCGCUAGCACAUAAACCUUGCCGCAUAUGCGUGUGUGCGUGUGUGUAUAAGUGCAAGCUGAUUCCAGAGAUUAGCUAAAUAUUAACGCUGAAGUGCGCAACUAUAUUUAUUAGAGUUGCUUAACUUCACACGCACACACAUGGACACACGUACAGUACUUCAGAUGCUUUCCAAAUCGCAUGUUACUGUUGAUGCGACGAAAUGAUUUUCCAGAGCCAGUCGAGAGUCUUGUAUACUAGAGUAUUUUCCUAAAAAUGUGUGCGGAAAUAAAAAAAAUUUUAUAUAUCCACAA